UUCUCGACUUUUUAAAAGAAACUUUUCAAGGAAAGGUCACAGACUGCUGUCGAAUCUGCCACUGAAGUAGAGAGGCCGCGGAAUUUUCGCGUACAACCGACUGGUGGCUUUUCCUGAGCGGCAGCGCAGGCGGAGGUCGAGUGCGACGAACGCGUUUCUGGUCGCUUUCUCGAUUUUUUUCUCAAGAUAGAUUUUGUCUCAAAGACAAAGAUCCCUCAAAGAGGAUCGUUUUCUUCGGUGUCGAGCCACCCCCGUCGACUUGCCGUCUGUUUCCGCGACUCUGUCGUGUCUGCCGCAUCUGUGACCCGCGAAAGCUCUUUUCUAGACUUCGAGCACAGACGCCGGUUUUCCUCGAGUUCGGCGACCUCCCGAUUGCCACAGCUCCAGAUUAUUGGACCGCAAAUUCCUCUCUCUCUGCUGCUUUCUGCACCUUCUCGCUUUUUUUUUUUCAGCCGGUGGACGGUUCAAACGGGAUGCGACCUGGGCGCGCACCAGCCAUUCUUUUCUCGGCGGUUCUCUCCUGGAGUCUUCCCUUCUCUUUCUGAUUCCAGGCUCUUCUCGCUUUUCUUCUUUUUCUUUUUCUUUUUCUUCUUUUUCUCCUUUUUCUGAGACACCAUGCCGGCCACCGUCACCAACGUCCGCAUGCCGGACAGCAACAGAGUUCCUGUCUCCUCGACUCUCAGAACCCACGCCAUCUGGAAAGACACAGUCGGGCACGAUCCCUAUGCGCCGACAGGGUCAGAGAGCACAGCGGCGGCAGAUGCAGCGUUGAGAGACAAAGCGCAGGAACUUCUCGUCCUCGCUCGGCUGACUGGAUCUGUCGCCUCUCGGACCCCAGGUGCCUGCCCUAAAUGCAAGCAAGUCGGACAUUUGGCCUACCAGUGCCGCAACAUGCUGACAGGCUCGACAGACGCCCCUGACGACGCCCAGCUUGCGUUUCGUCGAGUGCAGGAAAAAGAUGAAGAAGAAGACGACAAAAAAGCGCGAGAGGCUCUGGGCAUUGCGACAGACUCUGAGCAGAGCGACGACGACGGUCUUCGGAGGAAACGCCUGCGAACAACGACGCCGGCCAGAGCGAGUGUGCCGCAUCUUCCAGCAGAGUCGAAAAAGAAGAAAAGAAAGGUUUCUUCUUCCUCAGAAAGUGACAGCAGCUCUGACAGCAGCAGCUCCGACAGCGACAGCGAGAGAGAGAAGAAGAAGCGCAAGCGCAAAUCGAAGAAGCAGAAGAAACGAGACAAGAAGUCCAAGAGCAAGAAGAGAAAGCAUCGAGGGUAAUUGAUGUCGAGAGCUGCGACCAGCGUCCGACGCGCGAGAACGAGGCAAACAGUGGAAAUGUUGUCUUUGUUUUUCAUUCGGACUUCUUGUUUUUUUUUAUCGAGUCUCUUCGAAAGGAACACUUGGGAACGGAGCCCUGUGCCGAGUGCUUUGCGUCUCGUUUUUCAAAAAGCAGAAAACGCACUAUCUUUUCGUCGUUCCGCUUGCAGCUGGGCGUUCAUGACAUGUUAAACGAACAACGCGUUCAAGGUCUCUUUGGACGUUUAGCUGUCGUGCUCCAAAGUCGGGAGACACAGAAAGACUCUCUGUUUUCUCUUCGAAAGGAAGUCUUUCUCUCUUCUUCGCAGUUUCGUUGGAAGAGUUGUCUGUUUCGUUCUCUUCGCUGCCUUCUGCGUCUUUUUCCUCUCCUUCGUUCUCCCUGGAGUAUUCGUCUUCUUUGUAUCAGGGCGGAAACGUGACUGGUGCCUUGGCUGUCUUGUUUCGUUUGGAUCUUCGCGUUUCUUUCUCAAGUGUUUUUUCUGUGAAUGUUUUGAACGCAACAGUGAAAAACAAGCCUCUCUAAUUCUUGUCUCUGCUCCGCAUACCCUACUCUACAGUUCGUUUUUUCUGCCCAAAGACGAGGCUCUCUCUCUAUGGCCUUUGCCGUCGUGCGUAUCUGGUCUUUUCGACUCUCCAGCUGUGGCCAUGAGUGUCUUCCGAGUCUGUGGACGUCUCCGUUCUUCUCUGUGCUCCGC